AUUUUAUAUCCAUGGUGUUGUUUCAACAUUAGACAAGUUUUAUACUAUAGUAAUUAGUUUUUGAGCUGAUGGCAAUGAAAUGGGAAGGACUAAUAAGAUAAUAAUAUUAAUAAUAGUUAACGUUUUGAAAUGCUUUUCAAUAUCACUUGAAGCUACAGGAAAUGCUGUUCAAGGUGAAGAAUACACGUUAAGAUGUAUAGAAAGUAGCAGUAAAGUCAUAUGGUAUAAGAAAAAAAAUACAAUUGGCUGGUCUCAAGACACAUUUAGUAACCCUUCAAAUAACACUGGUUGUCUUUUUCAUAAUAACUCAUCUACAAAUUUCUAUAAAUUUAAAGAAUGUGGAGUAAAACAUGAACUGACGAUUAAUUCUGUAGAUUUUAAAAGGGAUAAUGGGGUUGAUUGGUCGUGUCAAAGGUAUGAAGGUGGUGGUAAAGUGGCAACUUUUACUGUGUUGGUGAAUGUUCCACUCAAAAGUGUCGAGAUGCGUUCAAUUGAUCUAGAUGAAGAUACAUUAACAGCACACGAACAACGUCAAAUUCACAUAGAGUGUGUUACCGAAUCUGCUCAUUCAAAUAUAAUAGUUGUCCUUCAAGUUUGCAAUAGUCGAUGUUUUAAUUACACAACAACAAGUGACAAACAACCAUCAACUAUAUUUCGAACGUCACUUAAUGCAACCCAUCUAUUGGACAAAGCUACAUUACAGUGUAUUGCGGAAAGUGCAUCAGGAGAAAAUCGUGUAACCUCAAGUAUGGUUGUCUUGUACGUGUUACACCAUCCUAGGAUCCGAAUCAGAAAGGAAGAAGGACGUUUAUAUUGUAUUGCUGAAGCUCGUCCAAGGAAUGUCACAUUUCUACCAUGGAAACAUACUUUAGAUAAUAUAUUAGUGAGAGAAAUAGAAGGCUAUUAUAUUAAUACUACAGUUUAUAGUUUAAAUAUCACAAAUAGUCAGAAUAAUGGUGGAAAUUAUACUUGUACUGUUAAUAAUGGUAUACCAGAUCCUUAUACCAAACAAUACUAUCAGAUGGCAUAUUAUAACUUAGAACUUAAGAUCCAUCCAAAUCUUUAUAAUGUAGAAAGAAAUAAUAAUUCAUUGGUUGGACAGAAUGGUAGUUUUUCUUUGAAAUAUUUGGAAGAUCAAACUGUCAACGUUUCAUGGUACAAUAAUGACACAGACUUACAGACUAGCAGCAGAAUAACAAUAAGGGAAGAACCAGCAGAAAUCAGUCAUCCUUAUAAUAAUACUAUUAAACUAUCUGGUAUAAAAACUAUAUUAACUAUAACAUCAAUUAAUAUAACUGAUCAAGGAAAUUAUACCUGUCAAGUAUGUAACCAAUGUGGAUGUUCUAGUAAAACAUUUCAGUUGGAUUUCAAUGAAGAUAAACGUAUGGAAGCUGAUGAAAUAACCGAUAUGGACACAACAGUAAUGGAAAUUUUAAUAGGAUUAGCUGCACUAUUUACAUGCAUUAUAGUCAUUGUCAUUUUCAUUGUCUACAAGAGAAGAACGAAAUCAAAAGGACCAAUAUUACCAGUCAUUACAGAAAAUGAACUUUAUAUCAGUUCUGAUUUGGUUUGUGAUCAACCACAUUCCUCUAAUACGGUUCCAGUUCAAAAACCAGUUGAAAUGGAAAUUAUAGAAAAUGAUCUGUAUGUAAGUUCAGAUCUAGUAUUUGAUGAUAAUAAAAAACAAGAUUUUCCAAUCUAUGGUCAAGUCAAUAAAGUAACAUGUAAAAACAAGACCCACGAUAAUAAAUCUUCAAUUGGAUAAUGCUUGAUUAGAGCUUGUAAAUGGAGACAAUCUUCAACUUCUUUAAAGGAGCAUGGACUUAAAAAUGGAUUACAUUUGGAUUCAAAUAAUUAAUCGUUAUUGAUAAUCUACGUAUAUCUGCUGCAUUUUUUCAUUUUGUUUUUAAUAUAACUAUCUAAAUAUUUUUUUCAACUUUUUGCUUUUAAGAAUUUUUUUAUAAGGGACCCAUAAAUAAAAAAUCUACAUAAAAACUCGUUCACUUUAUAACUAAGCAUUGAAUAAUUCAAUAUUU